AAAUUACUACCCAAAUCCCUGAAUAAACAUAUAGUAACCACUCAUUUUCACGUAAUAAUACCACAAAGCAUUGCUAGAAAAUAUAGAAUAUAUGUUAUUGGUAACAUUGAAGAAUUGGGGAUGUCAAAAAAAGGAAUUAUACAACUAAAACAAAGCAAAAAAAAUUUAAUAUACUGGUAUUCUGAUCCUGUUAGAAUACCACUUUCAGCUUUUCAUCAAAAAAAUAUACAAUAUAGUUACCAUAUUUAUAAAGGCGCCGAAACUGGUAUUAAGAAGCAUUUAAAUAAGUGGAUUCCUAACAGACGGUCGCGUGAUGAAGAUGAAAAUCCUGAUGUAAUUACAGGCGAAUGGACCUUUGAAGAAACUGAGCAUGAAUUAAUUUCUAAGGAAAAUCAAUACGAUAUAUGGAGAUGUAAUAAUAUUAACAAUAUGCGUUUAAUAGUUUAUCAGGAGGAUUAUCCAUUUCUUUUUAUCAUCUAUAAUUCUAUAACUUUUAAAAAUCUAAAAGAUAAAAUCAUAGAAUAUCAAGAUAUCAACAAAACACAUUCACCUGUAUUAAAUUAUAAUAUGAUAAUACGCUUUUUAUACACAUGCCUUCGUAAUCAUAGUACCGUUGAGCAACGGAUAUUUCUAUUUGUGCUAUUGAGUUACAUAUUGAAUGAAAAAGCAGUGUUCAACCUUCCAAUAAAUUUUCCUUCCGUUAAGCUGUUAGAAGCUUUUAAUGGUGUUAAUGAAGAUCAUUUACCUCAUGACGUUAUUAUAUUAUUGGCUCCAGUUGUCUCUGCUUUAGCACAACAUGCCUCAGCUUACUAUACAAAAUUUGAAUGGAUGAGCGCUUUUAAAAUCGCGCCUUUUGCAGAUCCAAAUUAUACCUUCCUCGAAAAGAUUAAAAAGCCUGUAUAUACCAAAGAUAAUGUGUAUGAUUUUCAACAAUAUCUCUAUAAAAUUGUCAAGCCAUGUAUAGAUAAUAUUAGUGAAGAACAUGAAAUGACUUAUGUGAAUAUUUGCAAGACUCUCAUUAAACUUUGUAAAGAUCUUGCUGUGGUCGCAUUUUUAUGGCAAAAAAUUUUCCGGCCUAGUGUAAAGCUAGAUGAUGAAUUUAAUCAAUAUUUAAUUGAAUGCAUAAGUAACUUUAUAGCAAUGGAUAAUGCUAAAGACUUAUAUAAACAUCUUGAAGAGAUACCUAUUGAUAUAGACAUCAAUUUUGCUCCUCUAUUUCGUGAUAGAGUUUUGAUUUUGUUGCGUAGCACGGGAAUUUCUUGGAACAAGUAUAAUCAAGAUGCGAUAUUCAAGUUGCUUCAUAAUUAUAGAUUAAAAUGGCAAAAAGCUUCUGUAUUACAAGCAUUCGAAUAUAUUUCUGUUUCUCAAAAUCCUGAUUUGCUACAGGUUUUUCCAAUCCAAUUCAGUAGUUUUUUAAAAGAAGGUCUCAUGGAUGAAAAAGUCAGCAAAAUUUGCGCUCAAUGGUUCAAAUCCAUAUUAUCAUAUCUCAAAAAGGUUGUAUACAAUGAUGAAAAUUUUGCAUAUAUAGUCCUUUAUCAUCUUGAAAUAAUUUAUAAUAUUGUUACCAAAUACAACAUUACAUGCGACGAUUUGUUUGAAAUUGCUGAGAGAGAAAUCAAAUCUCUUUCGGAUGAUGUAAUAUUUAGUGCUGCUACUGAUGCUGGAAAAUUAAAACAAAUAAAAGUUCUAGAAUUCUUUUGUCGUAUACUAAAAGAAAAAUUUAGUACUGAUGUUAGAAACAUCGAUG